AUGACCAACAUUCAAUCAGAAGUGUCGUCGCUCAAGGUCAGAGCCGACUCGGCAGAAACCAAAUUGAGAGAAAUGGAUACAGGUUUACAAUAUGCAAAUGCCGAAGUUGAGGAUCUCAAAACACAAAGCAGGAAUAACCAACAAAGUAUCGUAUCCCUAAAAGAGCGUCUUCUCUAUGAGGAGGUCUACAACCGCAGAAAGAAUUUACGAUUUUUUGGCCUUCCUGAAAGUACAGAGUCAACAAUUGAAGACUCAAGCGAAGUGUUGUACUGUAUCUUGGAAAGAGAUCUCGAUAUCGAAGGGGCUCAUAAUAUCGAGUUUCAGAGAGUUCAUCGCCUCGGAAGGAAAAAAGCAGGCAUCUCGAGCUCCAUCAUCGCACGGUUCCUUAGAUAUCCUGAUUGGGAACGGGUCUUUAAAGCUACUUUGGAAGCACAGGAUGAGAUCGAUGUUAAAGUGUAUGCAGUUCUACCUAAGGAGAUACAAGAAAAUCGGAGGAAGCAAUGGCCACGGUUAAAGCGUGUAGGAGAGGAGGGUGAAAUUGCCUACAUUAGUAGAAAAGAGCCGGACAAUUUAUUUAUUGAGGGACCUUUCGUUGCUUCAUAAUGUUUUUUUCUCCUCAUUUUUAAUCUGUGGGUCAUAAUCUAAUAUUAAACUCUAUUUAGUAAAACCUAUUUGAUUCAUACCGCGGGAGCACUUUUUGCAUAUGCUAUUAGUGGUACCAAAUCUCAUAGGCCGCGUGUUAGAUAAUAUUAUCGGCAGCCAUUAUAUCCUAUUGUUGAUUGUGUUAAAUGUUUGUGGUUUUAGACAGUACGUUGUGCCAUUAUUCCUUUCGUUGUUAAUUUAUGUAUUUCUCGUGUGUCACUUGUCAUCUCAAGAUUAGGUAAUUGACCACUCCAGAAAAUACCGUAACAUACCAUAAUGCUCUUUGUUUGUCACCCCAAAAUUUUGCAUAGGCAUUGUCUUCAGUUUCUCUUGGAAGUUAAAAUGGCCCCACGAGAAACUGAAAACAAUGCUUAUGCAAAAUUUUGGGCCGACAAACAAAGAGCAUUAAGGUAUGAUAUGGUAUUUUCUGGAGUUGUCAAUAACGUUACGAUAGUAAGGAUUAUACUGAUUUUAAAUUAUUAUCCUUAAAUGUUCGAGAGAUUCGCUCCGCUACGAGGAGAAAAGCCAUUUUUAUGUGGUUUAAAGAACAGAAAUCGGAUAUUAUUUGUUUUACAAGAAACCUAGAGUACAGCAGAAGUUGAAGAUAUCUGGAGAACACAAUGGCAGGGUAAGCUUUUCUUUUCACAUUGUACUUGUCAUAGUUGUGGGGUAAUGGUUCUGGUUAGAGGUGAUUUAGAUUUCAACUUAAUUUCGAUUAGGACGGACGAUGAAGGUCGCUAUAUUGUAUUAGAAGCUGAAGUGCAAAGAGCAGAUUCCUUAUUGGCAAACGUUUAUGUUCGUAACAAAGUUCAGGGAGAGAACAGUGCUGUUUUAUUGAAAAUCUGA